CAAAGCGCGUUGGUAGUUAUUUCGCACGGUCUUGGCGAUAGUGCGGAAGGUUUUGCUGAUGUAGCGGAGACCCUGGCGAUGCAAAUGCCUCACGUAAAGUUUGUGUUACCAACGGCCCCUACGCAGCCUGUGACGAUGAACAUGGGCAUGUCGAUGCCGAGCUGGUACGAUAUUGUCGGUUUGGACGAACGGGCGAACGAAAACUGCAAAGGUAUCGAAAUUUCUCGAACUAGAAUCACGUCCAUUCUAGAAGAGGAACAUGCCAACACUGGUUUACCCUAUAGGCGCAUGGUACUCGCUGGAUUCUCUCAAGGUGGCGCCCUUUCCUUGUAUACCGGCUUGCAAUUGAAAGCAGAGCAAAAGCUAGCAGCGGUAAUAGUAAUGUCGGGCUAUUUGCCGGCGGCCAAGACUUUUGCAGUUACUACAGGCUUGGAAAGUGUUCCCGUUCUGCAUUGUCACGGAACACAAGAUCCGGUAGUCCAAUUUAGCAUGGCGGCAAAAUCGAAACAGCGCGUUCUGGAAAAAGGAGGCCAGCAAUACGAAUUGAAAUCAUAUCCCAUUCCGCACACGGUCAGUCCUGCCGAGAUAAACGAUGUGCUAAAGUUUCUGCAGAAACAGCUCCCGCCG